GUAUACGUUGGCAAGUGGCAACAUCGGUACAGUGUGUGAGCCAUCGCCCUGUUAACGGUGUCAUGGCGGUUUGAGUUGUUGAAAUAUUUUUUUUUGUUGCAAUAACUUCCAAGUUUAUGUGCUUUAUAACGAACUGAAUAUUGAUUACGGUCAAUAAAAUCACGCGACACAAAAUAGAAAAUAAUGCGCGAAUACAAAAUAGUAGUGUUAGGUAGCGGAGGCGUGGGAAAGUCCGCCCUCACAGUACAGUUCGUACAAGGCAUCUUCGUGGAGAAAUACGAUCCCACAAUCGAGGACAGCUAUCGGAAACAAGUGGAGGUCGAUGGGCAACAGUGCAUGCUCGAAAUCCUUGACACGGCGGGAACGGAACAGUUCACGGCGAUGCGGGAUUUGUACAUGAAGAAUGGGCAGGGAUUCGUGUUAGUAUAUUCUAUCACUGCACAAUCGACGUUCAACGACCUGCAGGACCUGCGGGAACAGAUCCUACGAGUGAAGGACAAGGACGACGUGCCAAUGGUGCUGGUGGGCAACAAGUGUGACCUGGAGGCCGAACGAGUCGUGGGCAAGGAGCAAGGACACAACCUCUCGCGCCAGUUCCAAUCGUGCGCCUUCAUGGAGACCUCCGCGAAAGCCAAGAUCAACGUGAACGACGUGUUCUAUGACCUAGUACGACAAAUCAACAAGAAAUCUCCUGGCCCACCAGGGAAGACCACUAAGAAAUCUGUUAAGUGUACUCUCUUGUAAGGCUUGAGUCCCUGGAGCCUCCGACGCAACUAGGUAUAAAACAUUUAAUAAUUUGAAAGACUUCUCGAACCUAAAUUUGGCUCUUGUGGUUCCGAAAGUUAACUAAGCUGGGUGGGUCGAGUGUUGUUACUUGGUUGCCUAUAGCAUUUUAAAUGUGCAUUUGUUGAGCUAUAACAUGACCAGUGCUAUAGCGCGAGUGGAAAAUGCACAGAAUAACGCAAAAUUAAUACAAACUCCUAUCCUGUAAAUGUGUAGUUACACUUUUUGAUCUAUGUAAAUUAGGACAAGUAUUCAAAUAGA